AUGCGUAGGAUUUGGAUGGCUGGGAUUCUCUUUCAAGAUACUCGGGGUGUGUCCAAACCAGGGGGUCCUGUCAAUAGCAAUAGAAGGGAAAAAACUAGACUUGAAUAUCGAAACUCACUCGACAACGAUUCAUUUGCAAUACCGAUCCGCCUUCUUCUUCAUUCAGUCAUCGAGCGCGUCCUCAACGAGCGAGCAAAAGGUGGGAGGCUGACCUUCAAGGGCGAAGCCCUAGCGUCCCGCAGCAAGUCCAUCGACAAGAAGCAAAAGAAGAAGCGCAAGCAGAAGCUCAAGGAUGCCGCCGCCGCUGAGGACAGCGAGAUCGAGCAGCAGCGGGUGGAGGACGGCGACGGCGACGCUGCGGCGGCGGCGGCGGGCCAGGACAUUUACCCCAUCGACGCGGCAAAGAAGAUGAAGUACGAGGAGCUGUUCCCCGUGGAGGCGAGGUAGUUCCGCUACGACCCCAAGUUCAAGGCCAAGACCGUCGAGGACGCACUUGAUGACCGAGUGAAGAAGAAGGCGGAUCGGUACUGCAAAUGAAUCACUGUCGAGUGAGUUUCGAAAAUAAGUGCUGUCUACUUAAAUUAACUAUCGAAAAUAGAAGAAUGGAAUCGGCCUAUUACCUCUCUGAGGUUAAGAUGCUUGCUCUGCUUAUCCUUGUCAAUGUUAUCAUAACACAAAUGCACAGCCAGUGACUAAAUGGUGUGAACCUUCUGCAUGUUAAAUGUAACAAUGGCAUGAUAUUCCGAAAAAUCGGAAGCAAAUCACCAACAAGGCAAGUCCUUUAAUGGUGAAGACGUGUU